CGCGACUUCACGUGUUCCUUGAAAACAUAAAAUAGAUAUACAUAUGAUCCAAGCAUAACAAGGGAAAGCAAGCAGCUUUUGAGCUUAGUUUAGCUGUCUGUAACUGCCGCUGCACGAUUGCCUCUUCUGCUACGGUAGCCAUUUUCAUUAUAAUAUACCUUAUUUCCAUCUCCUCAAAACCCACGUCUCCCCCGGUUUUUAUUCUACAAACCACAACCAAGUUUCGGCUUUACCUUCAAAGCCAAAUCCCCACCGUCUACAUAACACACUUGUUCCGGUUCUGGGUUCUUUUGCUUUUCUGCUGUUUUUUCUACUCUGAAAAUGGAGGAAGCGUCGAAACAGCAGAUUUACCUACACGGUGACUUGGAUUUAACCAUUGUUGAAGCCAGGAGAUUGCCCAACAUGGAUUUUAUGGUCAAUCAUCUCCGCAGUUGCUUAACCUGUGAGCCUUGCAAGUCUCCCGCACAGACUGCUGCUAAAGAAGGGGACUCCAAAAUCCGCGGCCACCGUAAGAUCAUCACCAGCGAUCCCUACGUCACCGUUUGCCUCCCCCAAGCCACCGUGGCUCGCACACGCGUCUUGAAAAACUCCCAGAAUCCCAAGUGGAACGAGCAUUUCAUUAUCCCUUUGGCUCAUCCUGUCACUGAGCUCGAUAUUAAUGUCAAAGACAACGACCUCUUCGGCGCUGACGCAAUCGGCACUGCCAAAAUCCCUGCCUCGAGGAUCGCCACGGGGGAGCAUAUCACCGGAUGGUUCCCGCUCAUUGGCCCCUCGGGGAAGCCUCCUAAGCCGGACUCGGCGAUCUACCUCGAUAUGAAAUUCACGCCCUGCGAGAAUAACCCCUUGUAUAAGCAGGGAGUCGCCAGCGACCCAGAGCAAGCCGGCGUUAGGCACACGUAUUUCCCUUUAAGGAAAGGGAGCCAGGUGACCCUUUACCAAGAUGCUCAUGUGACGGACGAUUUGUUGCCUAAAAUAGAAUUAGACGACGGUAAAGUCUAUAGCCCAGCAAAGUGUUGGGAGGAUAUCUGUUAUGCCAUAUCCGAGGCUCACCAUCUGGUUUACAUCGUCGGCUGGUCCGUUUUUCAUAAGGUUAAGCUUGUUAGAGAGCCUACUCGGCCAUUGCCGCGAGGCGGCGACUUAACGCUCGGUGAAUUGCUUAAAUAUAAAUCUGAAGAAGGGGUUAGAGUUCUAUUGUUGGUCUGGGAUGAUAAAACUUCACACGAUAAAUUUGGUAUCCGUACGGCUGGAGUGAUGCAGACGCACGAUGAAGAAACGUUAAAGUUUUUUAAGCAUUCGUCUGUUACUUGUGUGCUGGCUCCUCGUUAUGCUAGCAGUAAGCUUGGGUAUUUCAAACAACAGGUUGUUGGAACCAUGUUUACACAUCAUCAAAAAUGUGUUCUUGUUGACACUCAGGCAGCUGGAAAUAAUCGAAAGAUAACUGCAUUUGUUGGAGGUAUCGAUCUCUGUGAUGGUCGCUAUGAUACACCUGAACAUCGAAUACUUCGUGAUCUUGACACUGUCUUCAAGGAUGAUUUUCAUAAUCCUACUUUUCCUGUUGGAACCAUGGCUCCAAGGCAACCAUGGCAUGAUUUACACAGCAAAAUUGAAGGGCCUGCUGCAUAUGAUGUUCUUAUCAACUUUGAGCAGCGGUGGAGGAAAUCAACCAAGUGGAAAGAGUUCAGUCUACUUUUUAAAGGAAAAUCUCACUGGAGUGAUGAUGCUAUGAUUAGGAUAGAACGAAUCUCAUGGAUACAAAGUCCUCCCUUAGCUGUGACAGAUGAUGGUACUACAAUAGUUCCAGAUGAUGAUCCCAAAGUACAUGUUCUUAGUAAAGAUAAUCGUGAAAACUGGAAUGUUCAGAUUUUCCGCUCCAUUGACUCUGGAUCACUGAAAGGAUUUCCAAAAUACAUCAAAAAAGCUGAAAAUCAGAAUCUUUUCUGUGCAAAAAAUCUGGUGAUAGAUAAAAGCAUUCAAGCUGCUUAUAUACAGGCUAUCAGAUCUGCCCAGCAUUACAUAUAUAUUGAAAAUCAGUAUUUUCUUGGAUCUUCAUAUGCAUGGCCAUCAUAUAAAAAUGCAGGGGCUGAUAAUCUGAUCCCUAUGGAACUGGCACUAAAGGUUGCUAGUAAAAUCAGAGCAGGGGAGAGAUUCGCGGUAUAUAUCAUCAUUCCUUUGUGGCCAGAGGGUGAUCCAAAAACUGCCACUGUACAGGAAAUUUUGUAUUGGCAGAGUCAAACAAUGCAAAUGAUGUAUGAUGUUGUUGCACAAGAACUCAAGUCCAUGCAAAUUAAGGACUCACACCCUCGAGAUUACCUCAAUUUCUAUUGUCUUGGUAACCGGGAAGAGGUCUCUCAGGAAAUGCUCAGUGGUAAAGAUUCGGUCUCUGACUCCGCAAAAUUUGGUCGGUUCAUGAUUUACGUGCAUGCAAAGGGGAUGAUAGUAGAUGAUGAGUAUGUAAUAGUGGGAUCGGCUAAUAUUAACCAAAGAUCCAUGGCUGGUACAAAAGACACAGAGAUAGCUAUGGGUGCCUAUCAACCGCAUUAUACAUGGGCUAAGAAAAAAUAUCCUCGUGGUCAGGUACACGGAUAUAGAAUGUCAUUAUGGGCAGAGCAUCUUGGGGAGCUAAAUAAGUUGUUCAAGGAGCCAGAAAGUGUGGAAUGCGUGAAGAUGGUGAAUAGUAUUGCUGAAGAGAACUGGAAGAAAUUCACUGAUGCCGAGUAUUCACCAUUGCAGGGUCACCUUCUGAUGUAUCCAUUGCAAGUAGAUAUGGAUGGAAAAGUAAACCCGCUCCCUGAACAUGAGAAUUUUCCUGAUGUUGGUGGUAAAGUAAUUGGAGCUCACUCCAUUCAGCUUCCGGAUGUCCUUACAACAUAAUACACUAGUAGAGAGAUGGAAUGGAGGAUUGGACCUUGUAAAAUCAUAUCAGCAAUACCAUUGUUUCUUGAUGUGUGAAGUAGUAGCUAGUUUGUGAGAAAGAUUUGGCAUAUUUGUAAAGAGCAAAAAAAAUAAUGGUAUAUUUGGUUUACACCCUCUUUCAAAUUUCUUUUUAUGUAUGCAUACUCUGUUGGAUUUUAAUUCUAUUUUUAAUUUUAAAUUUCUUUUAAUUGAUUUUAUUUUAA